AUGCCUUUGCAGCCGGACACUCUGUGCCUGCACAAAUUGGCCCGGAUGCCCUACCUGUCCCUGCCGACGGCGCCGCGCUGCCAGGUGACCUACGUGUGGUUAAACAUGGAAGGGACCCAGCCCAAAGCCAAGACCCUGAUCCUGGACUCAGAACCACAAAGUCUCCAAGAUGUUCCUCGUUGGUUCGCGACGUUCCUGUGUGACGGGAUCAACCUGGAGCAGACGCUGGUCCCGGUCCGGAUGUUCCGGGAUCCGUUCACUUUGGACCCGAACAAACUGGUUCUGUGCGACACCUGGACCCUGGACGGAACCCCAGCACCGGGGAACUCGAGGCCGGAGUGUCUGGAGGCGAUGGAGGCGGUGAAGGACCAGAAGCCCUGGUUCGGGUUUGAACAGGAAUAUCUGCUCCAGACUCAGGAGGGUCCACCGUUUGGAUGGUCCUCCAGCUUCCAGGACAUCAGCGGUGCGGCCGCGCGGGUGGGGAUCCUCAAGGCUUUAGGUCGAGACGUGGUGAUGAGUCACUGUAAGGCCUGUCUUUACGCCGGCGUGAAGAUCGCAGGGACGACAGGAGAGGCCAUCCCCUCACAGGUCAGAUCACGUCAGAUCACGUUGGCGGAGUUCAUGGAGGGAGCUCAGAAGGACGAGUGGGUGAUGCAGCUGCUCAAACUGGACGUGAACGCGUCGGGAUGGGUGAUGCAGAACUGCGCCAAACUGCCCUGA